GUAAGCUUUUCUUUGUUGAAAGUCAUCACUAAUACACCUUUUUCUCUUCACAUUUUACUAGUUGGUGGAGAGUCUGCAAAGGGUAAGCGCCCAAAGGAACCAGGGGAGAACAAAAUUAAACCUGUCAACAAAAAAGUGAAGCCCAAAAUCCCCAAAUUAAAGGAGAAAGAAUCCACUGACUCAUCUUCAAAGUCCCAAUCCAUAAUGACACAAGUAAUGGAUAAAGGGCGCUUCCAAAAGCCAGCUGCUACUUUGAGUCUGUCUGCAGGACAAAAUAUAGAGCUGCGAUGUAAAGGGAACAAUAUUAGAUGGAGUUAUCCUUCCUACUUAGACACCUUCAAAGACUCCAGGCUGAACAUUAAGCAGCUUGACAGAUAUGGUCAGCUAAUCCUUGUGAAUUCCACUGCAGCUGACACUGGUGAAUAUAGCUGCUGGCUUCAGCUGUGUCAUGGAGAUAACUGCAAAAAGGAUGAGUCUAAAACAGGAUCAACUUACAUCUUUUUCACAGAUAAGGGGGAGCUCUUUGUACCUACUCCAAAUUAUUUUGAGAUUGUCUACCUGCAUUCCGAUAAACCAGCAGUGAUUCCUUGUCGCAUAACCAACCCAUCAGCUAAAGUAACUUUACAUAGGGAGUUUCCAGCAGAAGAAAUCAAGACAGAUGGGACUAAUAUUAUCUAUGAUAUGAAGAAGGGUUUUAUAUAUCAGCAUCCUACGUCAGACCACAAAGGGGUGGUCUACUGUAGAGCAGAGUCACAGGGAGCCCCUCAAAUUUCCAUCAAGUAUCAACUACUGUAUGUGGAAGUUCCCACUGGCCCACCAUCAACAACAAUCAUGGCAUCAUCCAGCAAAGUAGAAGGUGGUGACAAUGUUAAUAUUCUCUGCACAGUCCUUGGGGAGCCAGAUAUAGAAGUAAAAUUUGGUUGGAUGUAUCCAGGACAAGAGUCUGAAAGGCCUGUGACUAUCCAAGAUUCUUGGAGGCUGAUUAACAGAGGAAUUGGACAUACCACACGAAUUUCCAGGAGUGUUAUUGUCAUUGAAGAUUUUGAAACCAAUGAUGCUGGAAACUAUGUUUGUGUAGCUCAGAAUUCACGAGGACAAACCACUGUAGCUACCAGUGUUGAACUGGCUUGAUUUUGCAGAGCUUCUGGACACUGAAGGAACUGACAGCAUGUUGCUGGAUACAUUAACCUUUACAUUUCUUAUUAAUUUCUGAGCUGGUACUUUCUGUGCUAUUUCUCUCUACACACCAAACCAUUCUACUUUCAUUACACAAUAGUGGCCUAUGGCAGAGUUCCUGUUGCUUAGCAAUAGUCAGAAGAAUUUUGGGUUAAGAAACAUAUUGCAUUAAACCAAGUAUUAAACCUGGUUGUGCAUGUAGCUUUGAGUGUCCCUGAUACAAUGAUCUCAGGGAGACAAACGGGGAAAGACUAUAUACAGACAGCAUUUAUAUUUUUAUCUUGUUAGUAAAGAUGGUUUAAUUGUGCUUUAUAACAAAGGCUGAGAGGCUAUAAAAUAACUUAAAUGUACUAAUGGGAGGUGCAUUUUUCUCUUGCCUUUGUGGCAGUUUUGAAGUACUGUAUCUGUGUUAAAAAAACACCAUAGCCAACAGUGAUUAUGCUUCUUUGUUUUUACAAUAUUUUAAUUAAAUUACUUUUCUGAAUAUUGAAAAAAAA